AUGUGGCCAUGGCUCAUGACAGCUUGUAUCUAUCCAUGCAUUGUAGGCCCAGAUUUCUGGGGUCUCGUUCACAAAGAAUGGAAGAUGUGUACAGCAGGUCAAUUGCAAUCACCUAUUAACAUAGAACCAGAUAAAUUAUUAUUUGAUCCUCAUUUGGAUAAUAUAAAGUUAGAUGAUGUACAAAUUGAAGCAAGUUUUGAAAACAUUGGGCAACUACCUAUUGUGACUUUGAAUGAAACGAAACAAACUAUAAACAUAACUGGUGGGCCAGCUUUUCCUUACAAUUAUCGACUUAAUCAGAUUAUAGUUCAUUACGGUAAGGAUUCCAAUGAGAAGGGAUCAGAACACACUGUUAACAGAGAAAGAUUUCCAGCUGAGGUCCAAUUCUUAGCUUAUAACAGUGAUUUGUAUGUGAAUUUUACUCAAGCCAUGACACAGCCCAAAGGCCUCUUAGCUAUAGCAAUAAUGGUGGAUAUCGGAUCGACGACAGAAGUAGAAUUAAGGAGAUUAACAGUUGCAUCUCAAAGUAUAACAUAUAAAGGACAAACUACAAUCUUACGUCGAUUGCAUCCAUAUGCCUUACUGCCAAAGACAUCUCACUAUGUAACCUAUGAAGGGUCGUUAACGUUUCCCGGUUGUCAUGAAACUGUCACAUGGAUUAUUAUGAAUAAUCCUAUUUAUAUAACAAAAGAAGAUUUAAGUAUAUGGAAUGAAUUACAAAAAGCUGAAUCAAAACAAAGUCAACCUGUCUACAUGACGCCUACUUAUCGACCACUUCGUAAUGGGCACGGGCGUACUGUCCGUACAAAUAUAAAUAUAGCUUUCAAGCCACAAUCAAGCUCAACUUGUGUUUCAAACCGUUACACCGAUCUCGGCUAUCGCGCAAAUCCUCAUCGUUCAACUAAUUCUCAACAUAAUCAUUCAUUAUAUAAACGAAAUCUUUUACAACAAGAAAAUGAUUUCAAAGAAUCAAAUAAUAACAUAGAGCUAUAUGAAGAAGACUUUCUAAAUUCUCCACAUUUAGAACAUAGCUUAUAA